GCCAUAAUAAUUAGCAAUUAAGCUGCAGUGAAACGGGGGAGACGAAGGGGGAUAAAAAGGGGAAAAAAAGGAAAGGGGGAUCUGGAAGUCGCCGCGGCGCGGAUCGAUCGGGACCUCUUCUGGGCUUCCGGUGGGCGAUCCGAUCUGGAUUCUCGUGCCUCCGUGCCGGGAGAAUCGCCGGCGCCUGCGCCGCCGCCGUGGAGACUCCGUGGAUGAAAUCGUCGCACGGUGUCGAUUUGUCCCAUUUCUCGCUUGAAAAAAGACAGACCAGAGGUCAAGGCCUCUGUUUCUGAGGGACAACAAAUUCGACCUGUUCCGAUGAUGUCCGAGGGUGGCUGCUACUAUAAUUACAAGAAGACGGAUGAUAUCUGCAACGAUGUUUGCGGCAAGGUGACAGGGGCUGCACGGGCCAUAUCGAGGCUCCGAUGUGCCCUGCGAGACUUGGACUUCAAGAUUUUAAUCCUACUCUUCGUGGUGCUCCCCACUGUUAUAUACACUAUCUACUUACAUGGCCAGAAGAUCACCUACUUUCUUCGGCCCCUGUGGGAGUCUCCUCGGAAACCAUUCAAUGAGAUCCCCCACUAUUACCAUGAGAAUGUCUCCAUGGAGACCCUCUGCAAGCUCCACGGCUGGAGGGUCCGUGAGACCCCACGCCGGGUCUAUGAUGCUGUGUUAUUCAGCAAUGAGCUUGACAUGCUUACCAUUAGGUGGAAUGAGUUGUACCCUUAUGUAUCAGAAUUUGUUCUUCUCGAAUCCAAUUCCACAUUCACAGGCAUUAAGAAGCCCCUCUUGUUUGCGAAGAAUCGGGAACAUUUCAAGUUUGCGGAGCCCCGGCUCACUUAUGGUGCUGUUGGUGGUAGAUUUGUGAAGGGGGAGAACCCUUUUGUGGAGGAGGCAUAUCAGAGAGUUGCGUUGGAUCAGCUCAUUCGGAUAGCAGGCAUUGCUGAUGAUGAUUUGUUGAUCAUGUCUGAUGUUGAUGAGAUCCCAAGUGGCCACACAAUUGACCUCCUGAGAUGGUGUGAUGACAUUCCUGAGAAGCUCCAUCUCCGGCUACGGAACUACCUCUACUCCUUUGAGUUCUUCCUGGAUAACAAGUGCUGGAGGGCUUCGGUGCACAGGUUUCGAGUUGGGAAGACGAGAUAUGCCCAUUACCGCCAGACUGAUGACAUACUCACCGAUUCAGGGUGGCACUGCAGCUUCUGCUUCCGCUAUAUCAGUGAAUUUGUGUUUAAGAUGAGGGCCUACAGCCAUGUGGAUCGUGUGAGAUUUGCUUAUUAUUUGAACCCAUCAAGGAUUCAGGAUGUGAUAUGCCGGGGAGCAGACCUUUUUGAUAUGCUUCCGGAGGAGUAUACUUUCAGGGAAAUUAUAGCGAAGUUGGGGGCGAUACCCCAUUCAUAUUCAGCAGUUCAUCUUCCUGGGUAUCUCCUUCAGAAUAUUGACAAGUACAAAUAUCUUCUUCCUGGGAACUGCAAAAGAGAACCAGGGUGAUAAGCAUCAAAAACUGUUCUUGAAUAUUACAAGAAAGAUUUCUUCAAAGUUGAUGAUGGUGAUAUUGCGCGUGUUCUCAACAUGAGCAUCUGACUUGGAAGAAUCUUAUUGAGGGAGGUUGGCAGGAAGAGACGAGUUCUUUCAUCUACAUGUGAAAGUAUAUUUGAAGAUUCUUAGUUUCUAGUCAUGUUUCUAGAGGCAAAUUCAUUUGCCAAAGGAGUCCGUUCUGGGACUAUAGCCACCAUGGGAAGUUUUACGUCUCUUCUUCCCUUAUUGGUAUGUAAUCACACACUGAUAGUUGAAGGAUGCAUAUAAAGUGAUGUUUGAAAUGCUUUCCAUGCUGGAAAUUUUUUGUACUAAUUUAAUUAUGUACUAUUUCUUCAAUUUACUGACAUGCUUCCAUUGACUACUCUCAA